AUGGAUAGUCAUCAAUAUCAAACGCGGAGUAAGGGGAGAUCGGUCUAUGGGGCCGAUAUGGACUACUUUUCCGAUGAUUCCAUCGCGACAGACAACUCGGAUUAUGGGGACGGGAUGAUGGAUGACGAUGACAACUUUGGCCAGGAUCGGAGUUAUGCAAAUGGUAAAAAUAAGAAGCCAAUGAAAAAGAAUGUAAACAGGGCGAAAAAAUCGUCGAAUGAAACUCUGAACAAGCUCGCAGCUAAGGACCAAAAUUUCUUGCAGGACGUUCACACGGAUGCACCUAAAGAUUUCGUGCCCGACGUCGUUUCUGGUCUUUUCAGAAGAAGCGACUUCAGCUAUCUGAAGCUAAAGCCUGAUCAUGCUUCCAGGCCUCUUUGGAUCUCACCCAACGAUGGUCGAAUAAUAUUAGAGAGUUUUUCGCCGCUGGCAGAGCAAGCACAAGAUUUUUUGGUCACCAUUGCUGAGCCUGUUAGUAGGCCGUCUCAUAUUCACGAAUACAGGAUCACUGCGUACUCACUAUACGCAGCGGUGUCUGUGGGACUCGAAACCGACGAUAUCAUCGCCGUUUUGGACAGACUUUCCAAGAUACCCGUAUCUCCUUCCAUCGUGAACUUCAUCAGGAGUGCCACCGUGUCGUACGGUAAGGUCAAACUUGUUAUCAAGCACAAUAGGUACUUUGUCGAGACUACGCAAGCAGACAUUUUGCAGAUGUUGCUAAAAGAUCCUGUCAUCAGUACCCUCAGAAUUGAUUCAGAGGCCCUUCCAACCGCUGCAGGAGUUACAAGUGCGAAAUACGACUCCGAAAUCAGCAGUGUCACAAGUAAGAAGAACACCGUUGACCCCAAUGACACGGAGGCUCUCUUCACUUCUGUUGUAGGCGAGCAAAGCUUGGAAGACGACAAUGACGAUAUGGAUGUGGUUCAUUCCUUUGAAAUAGCGAACGAAUCCGUCGAAAUUGUCAAGAAAAGGUGUCAAGAAAUAGAUUAUCCCGUUUUGGAAGAGUACGAUUUUCGUAAUGAUUAUCGCAACCCAGACUUGCCUAUCGAUCUUAAGCCAUCAACUCAGAUUCGGCCGUAUCAAGAAAAAUCUUUGAGUAAAAUGUUUGGUAAUGGUCGCGCCAGAAGUGGUAUCAUCGUGCUCCCUUGUGGUGCCGGUAAGACUUUAGUCGGAAUCACUGCAGCGUGCACCAUUAAAAAAUCUGUCAUCGUCCUGUGUACAUCGUCAGUUUCUGUUAUGCAGUGGAGGCAACAGUUUCUGCAAUGGUGCACACUUCAACCAGAAAAUGUGGCAGUUUUCACUUCUGAUAACAAAGAAAUGUUUCAGACAGAUUCGGGCCUUGUAGUUUCGACUUAUUCUAUGGUUGCAAACACUAGAAAUAGGUCGCAUGAUUCGCAAAAGGUCAUGGACUUUUUGACCGGACGAGAAUGGGGGUUUAUUAUUCUAGAUGAAGUGCAUGUGGUUCCUGCAGCCAUGUUCAGAAGAGUUGUUACCACGAUUGCAGCCCAUGCUAAACUUGGUUUAACUGCAACCCUAGUGCGUGAAGAUGACAAAAUUAGUGAUUUAAACUUUCUGAUAGGACCGAAGCUGUAUGAAGCAAAUUGGAUGGAGCUCUCCCAAAAGGGUCACAUUGCCAAUGUUCAGUGUGCUGAGGUAUGGUGUCCAAUGACUGCCGAGUUCUAUCAAGAAUACCUGAGAGAGAGCGCAAGGAAGCGGAUGCUACUUUACAUCAUGAAUCCCACCAAGUUUCAAGCUUGCCAAUUUUUGAUUCAGUAUCAUGAGAAGCGUGGCGACAAAAUCAUCGUUUUUUCUGAUAACGUCUGUGCUUUGCAGGAGUAUGCGCUAAAGCUUGGAAAGCCGUUCAUUUUUGGAUCUACGCCUCAACAAGAGAGAAUGAAUAUAUUGCAAAACUUCCAGUUCAAUGAUCAAAUCAAUACCAUUUUCUUGUCGAAGGUUGGUGAUACCUCCAUUGAUCUUCCUGAAGCUACGUGCUUGAUUCAAAUUUCCUCUCAUUAUGGAUCACGGCGGCAGGAAGCCCAGCGGUUAGGGCGUAUUCUCAGAGCUAAAAGGCGUAACGAUGAGGGAUUCAACGCCUUUUUUUACUCACUGGUUUCCAAAGACACUCAAGAGAUGUAUUAUUCUACUAAAAGGCAGGCAUUUUUAGUUGAUCAAGGUUAUGCAUUCAAAGUUAUCACACAUUUGCAUGGGAUGGAAAAGUUACCCAAUUUGGCUUACGCUACGGCCAGGGAACGGCGAGAGCUACUUCAAGAGGUGCUUCUCAAGAACGAAGAGGCUGCGGGUCUUGAAGUGGGCGACGAUGCCGAGAAUACAAUUGGACGUGGUUUAAAUACUAAUAAAAAGAUAAAAUCCAAAGCAGUUCGUGGCGAAGGCUCACUUUCUGGUUUGGCAGGUGGUGAAGAUAUGGCUUACUUGGAAUAUUCUUCGAACAGAAACAAAGAGUUGAGAGAGCACCACCCUCUUAUCCGGAAAAUGUACUACAAAAACGCUAAAAAAUGA